AUGUUCACUACCAGGAGCGAGUAUGACCGCGGCGUCAACACCUUCUCGCCUGAGGGCCGUUUGUUUCAGGUGGAGUACGCGCUGGGCGCCAUCAAACUAGGGAGCACUGCGAUUGGAAUUCAAACAAAAGACGGAGUUGUUUUGGCCUCCGAAAGAAGAAUAACUUCUUGUCUUUUAGAGCCGCAGUCAAUUCAGAAAAUUGCAGAGGUGGACACCCACAUAGCCUGCGCCAUGAGUGGCUUGAUCGCAGACGCCAGAACCCUCAUAGACCACGCGCGGGUGGAAUGCGCAAACCACUUUUUCACCUUCAACGAAAAAAUGAGUGUCCGGAGCUGCGUGGACGCUGUGGCGGAUUUGGCUCUGGACUUUUCGGAUGUGGGCUCUGGGCGCCGCAAGAAAACUAUGAGCCGGCCUUUUGGGGUGGCGCUGAUCGUCGGGGGAGUAGACAAAGAGGGUCCGGCGCUUUAUAGCGCAGAUCCUUCGGGCACUGUCACGAAGUACUUGGCCGUAGCAAUGGGCUCAGCGCAGGAGGGCGCAGAGGCGAUGCUGCAGGAGCAGUACAACGAAAACAUGUCUAUGGAAGCUGCUGAAGAUCUGGCCCUAGUGGUGCUGCGGCAGGUGAUGGAGGAAAAGCUGAAUUCAAGUAAUGUGGAAAUGGCGGCGCUGCGCGUGGGAGAGACGAAGUUCAAGCAGUACACCCCAGACGACCUGAAGGAAAUCAUUGCCCGCCUGCCCGCGCCCAGCAUUCCCACUGCAACAGACCUUUCUUCUUCAUCUUCUUCUUAA